GCUGGUCCGCCAAGAGUCAAGAGUCUUCUAUAAAACCAGUCAUUUAGCUACCGGUCCAUCCCGUCCUUGCUAAGGUAUAAAACACUUCAAACCCCUCUCCACAAUUCUUUCAUAUUCAUUCCCACACCCACUCUACCAAUCUCAACCUCAAUUCCCCCGCAAUAGCCUUUCAUAACCCCUCUUCCAAUCACCCCAUCUUCCAUCUCACGCGCUACAAGCCUCACGCGUCAUUCGGCCCUGCUCUCAUAAUGGGCUGUAUGGAUCUCUGGUUGAGAUGUCUCGGACAUCAUGAAAGCCCAGGCGAGAAAAACGCUCGUCUACGACGCGAGGCCCGAGAGCACUGGGCCGCAACCGACGGCGGCGGGACGACGGGAGGAACGGGAGGGACCGGACCCGCUGGAGGGGCUGGAGUGUACCUAGGGGACGACUGUGAUGCACAUCAUGGGCAUCAUCAUCACCAUGGAGGCGGCGAUAGUGGGGGCUAUUCAGGCGGAGGAGAUGGAGGAGGUGGGGGAGAUAGUGGAGGUGGUGGGGAUAGUGGUGGGGGUGGAGGGGGGUGAUUGGGGCGGGGAUGAGUUUAUGUAUAGAUAUCUUUAAAACUCAAUACUUUACCCC